AUGCGACGCAAGUUUGAAGAGCUGUGUGACCCGAUCUGGAAGAAGUGCCUUCGGAUCGUAUCGAGUGUGCUCAAGGAAGCAGAAGCGAAAAAUGCUGACAUUGACGAAGUGAUUCUUGUAGGAGGUUCCACCCAAAUCCCGAUUUUACGCGCAAUGAUUUCAGAGGCUUUUGAUGGCAAAGAACUCUGCAUGUCCGUCAAUGCUGACGAAGUGAUAGCCGAGUAA